AUGUUCUUCCCCUUUACCUCUCCUUUCCUCUCGAUUCUCACAGUCUCCACCGAAUCCAAUUACUCGUCUACUGCGGACCGGAGUCAGUUCUAUUAUCCGGAUCCUCCCGCCUCUCCUUCGUCUCAGGGAUUUCUCCUCGGAAUGCUCACGACGGAUUCUAGCUAUCGACAGAAGAUCCCAAACCUACGCAGACUGGUCCAUCCAAGUCCACCACCCAAUAAAUAUUACAUAAGAACUUUUGAGCUUGAUGGCAAACGCAUAAAGCUCCAAAACUGGGAUGCGGCUGGUCAUGACUCAUGA